AUGGUUCGCUCUACUGGCAUCCUCGAAUCCAUACCGACAGCCACCAGCGACACGGCGCCCAAGAAGCGCAACUGGACGCAGAGCGAAGAUGCGCUCCUGACCAAGCUGAUGCAGAACCGUCGCGGCAGCCUCGACAAGAGCGGCUCCAAGUCUGGCCAGACGGACUGGGUGAGCAUUGCGCAGCACUUUGGCGAUCGCAAUUCCAAAGACUGCCGAAAGCGGUGGAACAGCAGCCUGUGUCCGCUCAUCUCUCGCGGCAGCUGGACGCCGGCGGAAGACAAGCUGCUGCAGCAGGGCAUGCAGAGCCACAUGGGACAGUGGGCCAAGAUCGCCAAGCACGUCGGUAGCCGGACGGGCGACCAGUGCUCGUCGCGCUGGCGAGUGCUCAGUUCGGGUGCGGACUGGAACGAGGAGAGGGACCGGAUCCUGCUCGACUUUGUCAUUAAGCACGGCAAGCGAUGGGCGCAGGUGCGGCGGCUGUGGCUGCCCAUGUUCACCAACGCCGAGUGCCGCAACCGGUACCACCGCAUCAUCCGGCAGCUGAGCGCCGACAAGCGCCACAAGACCGAGAUCGAGACGCUCGAGCGCGUGUGCAACGGCAAGGCGCUCGGCGCGUCGUUGUCGCUGCGCGACAAGGCUCUUCCCUCCAAUGCUUCCAGCUGUGCACCUGCACUGGCAAGCCGGACCACCGGUACCAAGAGCACCAACACCAGCAGCAGCAGCAACAGCAACAGGAGCAGGGGUGGCAGCUGCGACGACGACGAACCGGCUCUCGCUGCAGCCGAGCCGGGCAGGGCGCUGGUCCGGGCACGACGGUCGACGAAUGCGGCAAUGGAGUCACUGGUGCAGCAGAUAAUGACCGACGGCACGGCGCGCGACAAGCUCAUGCAGCUCGCCUUGACCAUCGUCUCAUGCAUGAACUCGGACGACGACGAGCCGUCACCGAGCCACGCCGAGGUGCACGACGAUGCGCCGCAGCCAUCGCGAGUAGAAGCGCAGGAGUCCGAGCAAGCCACGCUGGCCGACGUGGAGGAUUCGACCAUGCACGAUGUAGGCGACGCCGCGGUGCAAGGCGUGUCGAACGCGGGCGUGCUGGACGCAGUGCUGGGUAGCGGCAUGAGCGAGGUGGACGAGCAAGCGUGGGCGGACGUCGUGCUGGGUCUCUCGGACUACCAGGCCAUGAGCACCGCCGCGAAUGAGCUGACGAGCGUGCCGCCCGAGCCGGCGGUCCAGCCCACUAGGGUGGUCGAAGGCGUGCCGCUGCUGAACGAGGCCAGCUGCAGCAGGUGCGGUUUCAAGUCGUGCGUGUGUAGCUGGGCCGACCUGUGCCUGCUGGACAAGUGCAUGUCGACAGACGUGCAUAGACUCGGCAGCCUGGAUGCCAUGUGCGGCUUGAGCGACACGAACAGCGUCAGCGGAAUCACCAGCCCCACCACCAGCACGCUGCUCGAUCCCGCCUCUCCGUCGACCAUGCGGUCGAGCUCGGACGCGUCCUCGCUCGAUAGCAGCUGGUGGAUGUGA